GUAUCUCCCUCUUUGCUUCUUGCAAAAUCACAGGGCCACCUCUUUUCCAACCAGGCAAACGAAACCGACUUGGUGACUGGCUUUGUUCUCUUGGGCUUCCCAUCCCUCUCAUGGCCAUUCCACCUGCUGCUUUGCUCUCUGCUCUCCACCUGCUAUGCCUUCACCUUGUUGGGCAACCUGUGCAUCGUGUGGGCCAUUCUCUGGGACUCUCGCCUCACCCGCCUCCCCAUGUACAUCCUCCUGGGCAACUUUUCAGGGCUGGAAAUGUGCUACGUAACCACCACGGUGCCCCGAAUGCUGUCAGAUCUGGUGUCCCUGCAGCCAAGCAUCAUCUCCUUCCAAGGCUGCUUCCUCCAGUUCUACUUCUUCUUCUCUAUGGGGACCACCGAGAGCUUCCUCCUUGCUGCAAUGGCCUUGGAUCGCUACUUGGCUAUCUCCCACCCAUUGCGUUACCCCAUCCUCAUGUCGCCACGCUUUUGUGUCAACUUGGCGGCUUCCUGCUGGGUCUCUGGGUUCCUUUGGUUCCUGGUGCCCAUCGUGCUGAUUUCCCAGCUCCGUUUCUGUGGCUCCAAUCUCCUCGACCAUUUUAUCUGCGACCCGGGACCACUGCUGUCUGCGUCCUGCUCUCCAGCUCCCCGCACAGAGUUGGCCUUCUACUGCCUCAGCUCCGUUGCUAUCUUUGGCCCAUUCCUCUUCAUCGUGGGAUCCUACACCGCAGUCCUGCGGGCAGUGAUGAGGUUGUCUUCUACUGUGACGAGGAAGAAGGCCUUUUCCACCUGUACCUCCCACCUGGCCGUGGUGAGCCUUUUCUAUGGAUCCAUCAUGGUCACCUACGUCACCCCCAAAGCUUCUGGAGGCAGCAACAAAGUGGUGACCCUCUUCUAUUCAGUGGUGACCCCUAUGCUCAACCCACUUAUCUACAGCCUGAGGAACAGGGAGAUGAAGGAUGCCCUAAGGAGGACAAUAUUAGGGGGAAACUAGGUGCAGUGAUCCAGGGAUGGUUGGUGUGGAUCUUGGCCAGGAAAUCAGGACCUUUCUACCUGUAGAACAUAUCACUACUGGUUGAAAUAGUUCCCCACUCCCCCAAAUAUGUUAUUAAUUUGUAUAUGACCACCAUACUAGCAGGACCAGUACCUAGUUUCUAUCCAACACAAUAUCUCUAGUAAUUUUCUAGUCCUCACAACCUCUGAGGAUGCCUGCCAUAGAUGUGGGUGAAACGUCAGGAGAGAAUACUUCUGGAACAUGGCCACACAGCCCGAAAGACAUACAACAACCCUGUGAUCCCGGCCAUGAAAGCCUUCGACAACACAAUUUUCUAGUCUGCUCUGAACUACUUUAUUUCUUAUAUUGAUAUGCAUUUCCUCCCAUAUAAACAUCUCUAAAAAUGGUAAGCGUCUUAAAUUGAGAGGGUAUAUAUGUGUGUGUAUAUAUAGGGGUUUUUUUCUGUCAGUGGUGCUGAUAUUAGUGUGCAUCUUACAAUCGAUAGCAUCUUGGGAUCAAAGAAAUGCGGUAUUAAUACAGAAUAUUUAAAAAACAUAAAGAUCUAUUGUAUUUGAAA